CACUGGGCUGCGCCCCUCCCGGGAACCCCCUCUCUUGGAUGCUCUUUGAAGUGGGAGAGGGAGGCGGCGCGGGGGAGGAGGGGAAGGGGAGAGGGAGGCCGGGCCGCAGCCUCUGCACUCACGCCGCCCCCGCACGCACAGCGCACCUGGCGCCGUCUGCCCUCCGCAGCGCUCGCCCCUUUCUCUGGGAGGACAACCUGCUGACCCGAAGCCAGGGUCUGCCAGGCAACCACGACCAACUAGUCCCAGAUAACCUUGAGGCCUGGGCACUGGCUGGGCCCCGAGGGCUCUUCCCAAAGCGUACCCUGGUCAUCUGGAAGAGGAGCAGAGCUGGCCUGGUGGUGACAGUGGCCUUGCUUCCUAGGAUGGACGGCAGAUGGCAAUGUUCCUGCUGGGCCUGGUUCCUGCUGGUUCUGGUAGUUGUGGCUGGGGACACAGUGUCAACCGGGUCCACGGACAACAGCCCAACAUCCAAUAGCCUGGAGGGGGGCACCGACGCCACGGCCUUCUGGUGGGGGGAGUGGACCAAGUGGACGGCGUGUUCCCGCAGUUGCGGGGGUGGGGUGACAUCCCAGGAGCGGCACUGCCUGCAGCAGAGGAGGAAGUCCGUCCCGGGCCCCGGGAACAGGACCUGCACAGGCACGUCCAAGCGGUACCAGCUCUGCAGAGUGCAGGAGUGUCCGCCGGACGGGAGGAGCUUCCGUGAGGAGCAGUGCGUCUCCUUCAACUCCCACGUGUACAACGGGCGGACGCACCAGUGGAAGCCUCUGUACCCGGAUGACUAUGUCCACAUCUCCAGCAAACCGUGUGACCUGCACUGCACCACCGUGGAUGGCCAGCGGCAGCUCAUGGUCCCCGCCCGCGACGGCACAUCCUGCAAGCUCACCGACCUGCGAGGGGUUUGCGUGUCUGGAAAAUGUGAGCCCAUCGGCUGUGACGGGGUGCUUUUCUCUACCCACACACUGGACAAGUGCGGUGUCUGCCAGGGGGACGGUAGCAGCUGCACCCAUGUGACGGGCAACUAUCGCAAGGGGAAUGCCCACCUUGGUUACUCUCUGGUGACCCACAUCCCGGCUGGUGCCCGAGACAUCCAGAUUGUAGAGAGGAAGAAGUCCGCUGACGUGCUAGCUCUUGCAGACGAAGCUGGCUACUACUUCUUCAACGGCAACUACAAGGUGGACAGCCCCAAGAACUUCAACAUCGCAGGCACGGUGGUCAAGUACCGGCGGCCCAUGGAUGUGUAUGAGACCGGAAUCGAGUAUAUCGUGGCACAGGGGCCCACCAACCAGGGCCUGAAUGUCAUGGUGUGGAAUCAGAACGGCAAAAGCCCCUCCAUCACCUUCGAGUACACGCUGCUGCAGCCGCCGCACGAGAGCCGCCCCCAGCCCGUCUACUACGGCUUCUCCGAGCCCGCCUCCGAGAGCGCUGAGAGCCAGGGCCUGGACGGGGCCGGGCUGAUGGGCUUCGUCCCCCACAACGGCUCCCUCUAUGGCCAGGCCUCCUCAGAGCGGCUGGGCCUGGACAACCGGCUGUUCGGCCACCCGGGCCUGGACAUGGAGCUGGGCCCGAGCCAGGGCCAGGAGACCAACGAGGUGUGCGAGCAGGCCGGCGGCGGGGCCUGCGAGGGGCCCCCCAGGGGCAAGGGCUUCCGAGACCGCAAUGUCACAGGGACUCCUCUUGCUGGGGACAAGGAUGACGAAGAGGUCGACACCCACUUCGCCUCCCAGGAAUUCUUCUCCGCUAACGCCAUCUCUGACCAGCUGCUGGGCACGGGCUCUGACUUGAAGGACUUCACCCUCAAUGAGACUGUGAACAGCAUCUUUGCACAGGGCGCCCCGAGGAGCUCCCUGGCCGAGAGCUUCUUCGUGGAUUAUGAGGAGAACGAGGGAGCUGGCCCUUACCUGCUCAACGGGUCCUACCUGGAGCUGAGCAGCGACAGGGUUGCCAACAGCUCCUCUGAGGCCCCGUUCCCCAACGUUAGCACCAGCCUGCCCACCUCGGCUGGGAACAGGACACACAAGGCCAGGACCAGGCCCAAGGCGCGCAAGCAAGGCGUGAGUCCCGCGGACAUGUACCGGUGGAAGCUCUCGUCCCACGAGCCCUGCAGUGCCACCUGCACCACAGGGGUCAUGUCUACGUAUGCCAUGUGUGUCCGCUACGAUGGCGUCGAGGUGGAUGACAGCUACUGUGAUGCCCUGACGCGUCCCGAGCCUGUCCACGAGUUCUGCGCCGGGAGGGAGUGCCAGCCCAGGUGGGAGACGAGCAGCUGGAGCGAGUGUUCGCGCACCUGCGGAGAGGGCUACCAGUUCCGCGUUGUGCGCUGCUGGAAGAUGCUCUCGCCCGGCUUCGACAGCUCGGUGUACAGUGACCUGUGCGAGGCAGCUGAGGCCGUGCGGCCCGAGGAACGCAAGACCUGCCGGAACCCCGCCUGUGGGCCCCAGUGGGAGAUGUCGGAGUGGUCCGAGUGCACUGCCAAGUGUGGGGAGCGCAGUGUGGUGACCAGGGACAUCCGCUGCUCGGAGGAUGAGAAGCUGUGUGACCCCAACACCAGGCCAGUAGGGGAGAAGAACUGCACGGGCCCGCCCUGUGACCGGCAGUGGACCGUCUCCGACUGGGGACCGUGCAGUGGAAGCUGCGGGCAAGGCCGCACCAUCAGGCACGUGUACUGCAAGACCAGCGACGGACGGGUGGUACCUGAGUCCCAGUGCCAGAUGGAGACCAAGCCUCUGGCCAUCCACCCCUGUGGGGACAAAAACUGUCCCGCCCACUGGCUGGCCCAGGACUGGGAGCGGUGCAACACCACCUGCGGGCGCGGGGUCAAGAAGCGGCUGGUGCUCUGCAUGGAGCUGGCCAACGGGAAGCCGCAGACGCGCAGCGGCCCCGAGUGCGGGCUCGCCAAGAAGCCUGCCGAGGAGAGCACGUGUUUCGAGAGGCCCUGCUUCAAGUGGUACACCAGCCCCUGGUCAGAGUGCACCAAGACCUGUGGGGUGGGCGUGAGGAUGCGAGACGUCAAGUGCUACCAGGGGACUGACAUCGUCCGUGGUUGCGAUCCGUUGGUGAAGCCCGUUGGCAGACAGGCCUGUGAUCUGCAGCCCUGCCCCACGGAGCCCCCAGAUGACAGCUGCCAGGACCAGCCGGGCACCAACUGUGCCCUGGCCAUCAAGGUGAACCUCUGUGGGCACUGGUACUACAGCAAGGCGUGCUGCCGCUCCUGCAGGCCCCCCCACUCCUAGGCCCGGCAGCUGCAGCCCCUUCCAGAUGAAGACCAAGCGCCCCUCCUGGGGCUGCUGCAGCUUCUGGGGCCUCCACAGACCCCCCUCCUGCAGGGCACACUGGCCUGAGAGACGUGGCACUGAGCCUCGGCUGUCGAGAGGGGACUUCCCACAGCCCAUGGACCUUUGUGCUCCUGGGGCAGAGCCUCCGGCACCCGGUGGCCUCCCCCAGACAGAGCCACCCCUGCCGUGGGAACCUGUCCGUGUUCCUGCGUGGAUCCUGUGUUUGUGGCUCCCGC